GCUCGCCUAUAGACCAGAUUUCCUUCCUAUCAUAUUCUAUUAAUUAAUUCAGUGUCUUUUAAAAAUGGUCAAUAAUCUAUCUCUUCCUUAAAGAGGACAGUCAGAGCCGGGGCCUUUAUGUUAUGUCUCCUACACUGAAGUCAUUCCGCCCCCAUUUUCUCAGUGUACGUAUUACCCUCCUGUGGACACGCCGAGGUAAACAGACUACACUUUUACUUUCAGAUUUGGAGUUGAACAGGCAUUGAAUUCCGCGGCAGGAGAUGGACAAACAAACAAGGAGAAGCCACAAACGGUCGUAAAACUAAGUUAAUCUCCCCAGUUGUGUGUGUUAUUUGGAUUAAGAAUGAACAGCUCGGUCCUGAGGUUUGGUUUACUCAUAUUCGGUAUUUAUAUUACUCUCUCAUAUGGGUGUGGCCCGGCUGAAUAUGAAGCGUCUGGAGAAUGCUGUCCCCUGUGUCCUAUAGGGACGGUGGUCCUCAGGGACUGCACUAGCCACUCCAACACCACCUGCGUAGCGUGCUCCAGUGGAACAUUCAUAAGUAAACCCAAUGCCUUGCACAAGUGUUUUCAGUGUAAAAUCUGUGACAAGGAAGAAGGUCUAUAUGUUUCACUUUCCUGCGCCGCAACAAGUAAUACACAGUGUGAGGUUCUGGAUGGCUAUCACUGUAAGGACUACUCAGGCAGUGAAUGCACUUUUGCCAUGAAGCACAGACAGUGUGACCCGGGACAAAAAAUGAAGGUUCCAGGAACUAAAGACGCAGACACUGUGUGUGAGGCUUGUCCACUAGGAUAUUAUUCUCCGCUGGGUGUAAACUGCACCAAAUGGACUGACUGUUCAGUCAAAGAUGAGAUCAUGGACAAAGAAGGCAGUUCAACAGAGGAUGUUCAGUGCAAACUCAAAACGAGAGGGAGAUACGGCCUCAUAGCAGCUGCAAUAUUUUUAGUUUUAUGGUUAGCUUGUUCAUAUAUCAGACAUUAAAACCUAACAUAAAAAGAGAUUGAUCUGAUCUAAGUUGAUUAAAAUGUUGAUCUAAUAUUGAUCAGAUAACAGUAAAAGAGGUUAUGCAAUGUCACCUUUUUUGUUUUUUUCAGAAAACAUUUUGUUUGUUUGUUUCUGUAUUAAGUCUCCAAAUAUAGUGUGUAUAUGUACAUAUAUAAUCUAUUUUGCUACUUUGUCAUUUACU